AUGAGUCCUUUGGGCCAGGUUAGUGUGCAGCCUACCUGGAAUGCAGCCCUGCUCGCCGUGCUCUCCCUCAUGGUGCCUGCUCUCAGUAUGUGCCAGUCCACAGGCCCUGCAUUGGGCUCAGCUAAUCCACAGAACUGUCCAGGUGUGUGCUCCUGCACUAACCAGCUCAGCAAGGUGGUGUGUACCCGCCGAGGCCUGGUUAGGGUUCCUCCAAACAUCCCAGCCAACACCAGGUACUUGAACCUGAUGGAAAACAGCAUAGAGACUAUACUGGCAGAUACCUUCAGGCACCUGCAUCACCUGGAGGUACUGCAGCUGGGCAGAAAUGCUAUCAGACAGAUUGAAGUGGGAGCCUUCAACGGCCUGACCAGCCUCAAUACACUGGAGCUGUUCGACAACAGACUGACAGUCAUACCCAGUGGAGCUUUUGAGUACCUGUCAAAGUUGAGAGAGUUGUGGCUUAGAAACAAUCCCAUUGAGAGCAUCCCCUCCUAUGCCUUCAACCGCGUCCCCUCCCUAAUGAGACUGGACUUGGGAGAACUAAGAAAGUUGGAGUACAUCUCUGAUGGGGCAUUUGAGGGCCUUCAAAACCUCAAGUAUCUCAACUUGGGGAUGUGCAACCUGAGGGAGUUUCCUCAUCUUUCACAACUGACAGGAUUGGAGGAGCUAGAAAUAUCAGAGAAUCUUUUUCCCGAACUGAAGCCUGGGGCCUUCCGUGGGCUUAAAAAUCUACGCAAACUGUGGAUUAUGAACUCUGCCAUCACUACCAUUGAGAGGAAUGCAUUUGAUGACAUCACAGCCUUGGUGGAGCUGAAUUUAGCCCAUAAUAACCUGUCGUCCCUCCCCCAUAACCUCUUCACACCUCUACAGUACCUGGUGGAGCUACACCUGCACCACAACCCUUGGCGAUGUGACUGUGAUGUAGUGUGGCUCUCCUGGUGGCUCAGAGAAUACAUUCCCACAAAUUCCACCUGCUGUGGGCGCUGCCACACCCCGGCCCACAUGAGAGGACGGUACCUGGUGGAAGUUGAUCAGACCACCUUUCAGUGUUCAGCACCAUUCAUACUUGAUGCUCCGAGAGAUCUGAACAUCUCGGCCGCGAGGGUGGCAGAACUGAAGUGUCGCACAGCUGCCAUGAGCUCAGUUCGAUGGCUUCUCCCCAAUGGGACUGUGUUGACCCAUGGCUCGGCUCACCCACGGAUAUCUGUCCUUAACGAUGGGACACUCAACUUCUCCAAUGUUCUCCCUUCGGACACAGGAGUCUACACCUGCAUGGUGAGCAACAUGGCUGGAAAUUCCAACGCCUCAGCCUACCUUAACGUCAGCAAUGCUGAACUUAACACAUCUAAUCUGUCCUAUUUUACCACCGUAACAGUGGAAGUUUUGGAGCCCACAGUGGAGGAGACCCCUAAACCCAAGCCUACUAUCCCUGCCUCGCCCUCUGUCUUUCAGCCCGUCUUUAUCUCCACACCUACUGUGCUGUUCCAAAACACUCAAACCCCAAGGCAGGUGUCAAUCCCCACUGCCAGAGUCCCUAAUGUGCCAGCCGCCAGCCUGGAUGAGGUGAUGAAAACCACCAAAAUCAUCAUAGGCUGUUUUGUUGCUGUUACCUUGCUGGCAGCUGCCAUGUUGAUAGGAUUCUAUAAGUUGCGUAAGCGGCAUCAACAGAGGAGCACGGUGGCAGCAGCCAGGACCAUAGAAAUCAUACAGAUGGAGGAAGAAGUUCCUCCUGUCCCACCACCCACUUCCGGAUCUAGUGGCUCUGAUGACACAGGGUUGGUACUGCCUACAUUAGUGGAACACAACAGCAACACCUUUAAGCCUGGGUUCGUGUCCUCCUCAUCCCACCAAGGGGGCUACGGAGCCCACUGGACCCAAAACAACUCUCUUCAUCGCUCAGUCAGACAGCAUCACAGCCACAUCAGCACCAUUGCUGAUCCCUACGUCAUUAAGACUACUCACGGCAAGGAGAAGGUUCAAGAGACCCAAAUCUGA